AAGGGGAGGGGAGAGAGGAGUGGAGUGGGGCUCGGAUUAGAGUUGGACUCGGCAACGCGACGAGCACCAAAAGCGAGGGAAGAAAACCAAUCCGAAUCCGGAGAGAGAAGCGCAGGAGGCAAAAUCCACUCCAAUUCAACCCAAUCACCCGCGGCGAGCCGAGCGGGCGGCGGAGCACGACGACGACGAGGUUUAGGUAGGGGUUCUUGGCUUGUCGGCGUCGGCGGCGGCGGCGGCGGAGGAGGAGGAGGAGUCAGCGAUGCGGAGGAGGUUCCAGGACUCCGUCAAGGCCCUCGAGGCCGACAUCGAGCACGCCAAUGAGCUGGCGUCGGAGUUCUUGCGGGAUUACGACGGGGCGGUGAUCCAGAUGCGGAUGGCGUACAGCGCCGUCGCGCACUUCCUCGUGCAGUGGAUCGACUGCAAGCUCGCCGGCGCGCUCGGCCUCCUCAAGAUCAUGAUCUACAAGGUGUACGCCGAUGGCACCACGGCUCUGCCGGAGUGGGAGAGGGAGGCCAGCAUCAGGCAAUUCUACGGUGUCAUCUUCCCGUCGCUGCUCCAGCUGCCGAGUGGGAUAACUGAAUUGGACGACAGGAAGCAGAGGAGGCUGUGCCUUCAGAAGUUCAGGAAGGUGGAGGAGAGGGUCUCGGAGGUGGAUUUGGAGAGGGAGCUCGAGUGCGGCAUCUGCCUCGAGGUGAAUGCCAAGAUUGUGCUGCCCGAUUGCGCGCACUCGCUGUGCAUGAGAUGCUUCGAGGAUUGGAACACCAAAUCAAAGUCGUGCCCCUUCUGCCGCGCCUGCCUCAAGAAGGUGAAUCCGAGCAGCCUGUGGUUGUACACCGACGACCGCGAUGUUGUGGAUAUGGAUACGUUGACUAGGGAGAACAUUAGGCGCCUGUUCAUGUUCAUAAGUAAGCUUCCACUUGUAGUGCUCCAUGUGGUUGACCUUGACAUUUACGAGUACCGUAUCAAGUGAAACUGUACUCUUUUGUUCAUACCGGUGGGUCUCUGUACAUAUCAAAUUCAUCGGUGCUGAUCUGUGAUAGCUCAACCUGAGGCUGCAAAUUAGCAGAGUUGUUUGUAGCUCAACGAGUUGAUAAUAUUUUUGUGAAAAGAAGAUGCUGAAGUGUA